UCUUCGACACUGGUCAACGUCAGCAAUGCCAAUUAGCAUGGUUCUUGAAAGCUCAGAGUCAGAUCUAGGGGAAGCUGCAUUUCACAGCUCAACUAGCGGCCCUGCCAGCAGUCAGGGCGCCGGGAGGGAGAGCUUCAGCAGAAGGAAGUGUUGACGACGGGCCGAUGUUUGUUGAAAGUAACCCUAGAGGGUGGCGCGGCGGCCUCAUUCACUUGACCUAUGCAGGGAGUAGUCGCACCUAUCCGAACGCGUGAUGCCUGUCCUGCCUUUCGAGGCGUCCUCUGAGCUCGAUCUUGCUCAUCGAUUUUAGAUCGUACCUCAGGGACCUCAUAGUAGCUUGCCGGAGCAAGGAUCCUGUCAAGAUGGACCUUGCUAAAGGUGCUCUUUCUGCUGCGCUCUACUUUGUGCCCCCCAAGGUGGUUGCAAAGCUCAAGCCAACAUUCACAACCCUAUUUCACCAGCUCAGGGUCCUUUCAGGAGGGGAGGAAUAUUCCAGUCAGAAUGUUGAUAGCAGCUCCAAUGCUCUGCAGUGUGCCGCCGACAGUCAGAGCACACCUUGGAAUGUAUCAUCUACACCUCUGGUUCGCAGCCCCAGUGAUGCUGCGCUGGACCUCUUACAAAGGAAGGGAUCCCUCCAGAGGCGUCCUAAAGCAACUAUCAGCGUCACUGUUGACGGAGACGGGGCACACAAUGGACUGACGCUCAACUUCCCGGUCCCAAGCGACGCAAAGUCAGUGCACAUCCACCGGACAGAUCAAUGCGCAGAUUGUUUUCGGGAGGGUGGAAGUGUAUGGUAA